CAUGUCUCUCCGUGUCUCUCCGUGUCUCUCCGUGUCUCUGUGUUCUCGGCCUCGAUGAUCUGAGCCGGUCGUGUCAGGAGAAUCUUAAUGAGCUCGGAGCGACGGUCCCGACAUACAGAGCAGCUCAGAGUGAUGCGGCUCCGCCAUCAUCACAACAAGCUGCUUUAAUCCAAACUUCAGCAGAGAAUCAGAUCUACUGGUGUCACUGAGUGUUUAAGAAGGCCAGUCCUAACGGGAAGCUCACCGUCUACCUGGGGAAGAGAGACUUUGUGGACCAUGUGGACCUGGUGGAGCCCGUCGGUGAGAGGUUUUAGUUCAGGCUGUGAGAGGACGCCUGUCCACCAUCAGGCUUCUCUGUUCACUGUAUGUCUUCCUGCAGAUGGUGUUGUGUUAAUUGACCCAGAAUACCUGAAGGAGAGGAAAGUGUUCGUCACGCUGACCUGUGCGUUCCGGUACGGCCGGGAGGACCUGGACGUCCUGGGGCUGACGUUCAGGAAGGACCUGUUUGUGGCGAACAUCCAGGCGUUUCCUCCACUUCCUGAAGAGAAGAAGAGUCUGACUCGUCUUCAGGAACGCCUGAUUAAAAAACUGGGGGAGCACGCCUACCCCUUCACCUUCGAGAUCCCUCUGAACCUGCCGUGCUCCGUCACCCUGCAGCCGGGUCCGGAGGACACCGGGAAGGCGUGUGGAGUCGACUUUGAGGUGAAAGCUUUCUGCGCGGAAAACCUGGAGGAGAAAAUCCACAAAAGGAACUCGGUGCGCCUGGUCAUCAGGAAGGUUCAGUACGCCCCGGAGAAACCGGGCCCCCAGCCGACGGCCGAGACCACCAGGCAGUUCCUGAUGUCGGACAAACCGCUGCACCUGGAGGCAUCGCUGGACAAGGAGAUUUAUUACCACGGCGAGCCCAUCAGCGUCAACGUUCACGUCACCAACAACACCAACAAGACGGUGAAGAAGAUGAAGAUCUCAGUGCGGCAGUACGCGGACAUCUGCCUGUUCAACACGGCGCAGUACAAAUGUCCCGUCGCCGUGGAAGAGUCGGAUGACGUUGUGGCUCCCAGCUCAACGUUCUGCAAAGUUUUCACCCUCACUCCGUUCCUGGCCAACAACCGGGAAAAGCGCGGCCUCGCCCUGGACGGAAAGCUGAAGCACGAAGACACCAACCUGGCCUCCAGCACUCUCCUGAGAGAAGGAGCCAACAGGGAGAUCCUCGGCAUCAUCGUGUCCUACAAAGUCAAAGUGAAGCUGGUGGUGUCACGCGGCGGGCUUCUCGGAGAUCUGGCUUCCAGUGACGUCUCUGUUGAGCUGCCCUUCACAUUAAUGCACCCGAAGCCUCUGGAGGAGUCCAUCUUCAGAGACGCUCCAGAUGAAGCUCCAAUCGACACUAACCUGAUUGAGUUUGACACACAUGAUGAUGACAUCAUAUUUGAGGACUUCGCCCGCCAGCGGCUCAGUGGCGCUAAAGACGAGAAGGAGGAAGACGAGGAACCGUUGGACUCACCCAAACCCGACGACAGAUAGAGGCGACGGGCGUCCCGCCGUCACUGUUGUUGUUUUGCUGCUGUUUGUAGUGUGGAGCCGGCAGAGGUUACCUGUAGGCCGAGCCACAGUCUGGACACCCUCCAAACACUCGGUGGUGGCGUGUUUGUGUGUUUGUUCAUGUCCGUCGUCUCUCUGCGUCCCGCAGGGUGUAGAAUACCGCAGCCUUGUGUCGUCGGGCCGAGCCUCGGCAGGAACUCAGAGCCGGCGAUCGCUGGAAGCAUGCCUCUCUUUGUUCUUCGUAUUUCCGUUAGAGACCGAUCAGGAGUUCAGUUGUGUUGAGAUUAGCUUCGGUGUUUUAUGUUGAAGGGUCUUUAAAACAAAAAACACUGCCAAAUUCGGAUGACUUGCAACAGUUCCCCCCAGAUCAACAUCAGGGACUUCAGCUCACGUCUGCAGGUGAUGAAGAGGCACAGACCCAACAAGGAUCCAGUGCAUGAAAUAUAUCAGUAUUUUAUAGUUUAUUGAGGUCAUGAAUAAUGAAGCUGUCCUUGGUUUGUUCCGACACGUUGAUCAUUUCCCAAAUCAUCAUCAUUGGGGUUAUAAAAUAAUCUUCCAGCUCAUGAAAGCUGUGCCUCCCAUCACCAGAAGUAGAAAACCAAAGCAGUGGUAUAGUCAAAGUAAAGCUGGAACAUGCAUGUUGCUCCUGGACGACACCAGAGAUCAUCAUUAUUAGUCCACAGAGUUCUGCACGGUUCUGACUUCCAGUCCUACAAGAUCAGUGAAAAGUGGCCUUAAUUAAUGACAUUUCCUAUGUAUGGAGCCAACAACUGGUACGCAGACCAACCAGCCAAAACAUUAUGAUCCCUACUUUCAUUAGGUUGUCUACAGAUUCCUGACUGGAUUGUGAUUGGGUGAAUCGGAGGCCAGAACCUCAGCCUGGUGUUUCUGCCUUCAUCCUGCAGACCAGCUGGUAUGAGCGUUUCAUUGGUCUUCUUUCCUCAAUGCGUCUUGACACCAUGGAGAUUUACAUAAAGCCGAGCGUCUAUGUGGUGCAGAGCAACAAACACCAUCAGACCGGUUCUGGUAAAGUUCUGAUGCUUGUGCGUUCGAGGCAGCAGCUUGAGGUGGAGCAUCUUGGUGACCUGAUGCUGCUCAACCACAAACCACGAACUCGACCAGCUGACAUGUAGCAAAUGUUUCCAAUCAGACCAAGUUUUACCAGACUGAGGCAGACCUCCCUGCCUCAUUUAAGGUCAGAGGUCAUGCUUGAUGACAAAGAGAGAAUAUGGGAGAGUUCCAACUCUAGAACCAGAGCUGAUCCAGAAUAACAUGAAGGUCUUCCUCACAUUAACACCCUGAUGACCAGGGGAAGUGCUGAUCUGGAGUUGAACCAACGCAGCGUUUCAGUGAAUCUGGUGUCAGAGCUGGUCGGCGGCGGCUCUCCUUCCUCUGAUUGGCUGUAACUGAUGGAUUUCUGAAAGAAAAUCCAGAAGGAAGAUGUCUGACCAUCAGUUCUCUCUUGAACUGAUCCGGUUUUGUAACAGGAUAUUGAUCAGCAGGUCGAAAUGCAAAACAGAAACCGAAGCUCUGGAGUGGCCUAGUCAAAGUUCAAGCUGAAAUCAGGUUCUAAAACAAUUCCUAUACUUCCACGGUGAUUUAAAAAAAAAUCCAGACUGUGUUUUAGAAGAUUACUGAUUAACAGAAGCGUAGAGCCAGUAAACGGUGAACUGAUCUGGUUUUUAAAUCAUCUCAGUGAAACGAAACUAUCUGGAUUUACUGACGUUUUCUCUGUCUGAUGAGUAAAUGAGUUUAAUCUGAUAAAAUACUUAUUCAGAUGUGUAGGAGUGAUGAACGUUUUCACAACACUGCACAUGUUUAAAUUCUGUUGUUCCAACUUGCUGAGUUACCGCCACCUGGUGGUGGUAACCUGAACAGCAGAAGAUGAAACCCCUUAAACUGCUCAAGUUUUGACAGUAUUUUCCACAUAUUAAUAGAUACUAAAAUAAUGACUUUAAUCUGUAAUUAACUGUGUUGCUCCUCUAAACUCCUGAUGAUGAUCAGUGAACUGCUCAGCUCUGUUAAAUGUUCAGGUUUCUGUUCGUCAACCUGUGGCCGUUAAUGACGGUUUCUGUUUAUUAUUUGCAGAUUCUAAUAUGAAGUGAGAUUCUGAACUUGUAUUUUCCUGAAGUCUGACAGAUGUUUGAGUCUGAGGAAGAAACACAUCAUGUCUGUUUAUACUUUAGUUCCAGUUGUCUUUUAUUUUGAUAUUGUCAGAGAAAACUUGUAUAUUCCCCACAGUCUUUAAUAAAAACAGUAUUGAAAGUUC